ACUGUGGGCGGAGUUAUCACUUCCCCUGUGCUGCUGCUGCAGGAGCUCAUCAAGACUGGGGCCAGAGACACACACUGUGUACAAGACACACACACACAGUCUCUCCACAGUGUGUGUUGUGCUCAGGUGACGAUGAUGUCAUCAGUCUGUUGAUGUGCUGUUGCUGUGGUAGCUAUUAUCAUGGUAGCUGCCUGGAUCCUCCUCUAAGCCCCUCCCCUCUGUUGCGGGUCGGCUGGCAGUGUCCCAAGUGUCGAGUGUGUCAGAGUUGCAGGUUGCGUGGGGAAGAUGAUGACGCCGUGCUGCUGCUGGUGUGUGAGCGCUGUGAUAAAGCCUACCACUCUCACUGUCUGACACCUGCACUGGAUCACAUGCCGAGCAGUGGCUGGAGGUGUAAGAACUGCAGGAUCUGCCGUUGCUGUGGUGUGAAGUCAUCAGGCCAAUGGGCCAAUCACCCGUUUCUUUGCAAGCCAUGUGACCCUGCCCUGCCCUGCCCUGUCUGUGGCCGCACCCAUGAUCUUUACACACAGUAUCUCACCUGUACCAGCUGUCAUAGGUGUGUCCAUACAGAGUGCUUUGUCCAGACUGGGGAGGGCAGGGCAGGAUCUGAAAGUUACAUCUGUUCCACCUGCAGGUCUCAGGAGGAGGAUCAACUUCCAAAUAGUCUAGUACCAUGCAGUCCUACUCCAGUCCGGCCCAUCAGUUCCACACAGAUUCCACCCAUGAGCAUGUCACAGCCAUCAAUCCACAGUCUUAUUGAGGAUCCACCUCUCAGUCCCACCACACAAAGCCCAGUGUUGCUCACCCGCACAGAGUCACCGCAGAGCCAGAGCAAGACCAUGGGUUCACCAUCGCAGCAUAGUCUUAAACCAUGUCAUCCUGAUUCAUCAGAAGUCCAAUUAAGCCCUCAAAUUGCUCACAUUGUUCCUUUGGAGCUUAAUCUAAGUCCUGCACACACUCAACCUGAUUCAUCAGAGCUCCAACAAAGUCCUGCACCCACUCAACCUGAUUCAUCAGAGCUCCUACAAAGUCCUUCACCCAUGCAGCCCGAUUCAUUAGACCUCCAACAAAGUCCUGCACCCAUCCAGCCUGAUCCAUCAGAGCUCCAACAAAGUCCUGCACCCACUCAACCUGAUUCGUCAGAGCUCCAACAAAGUCUUGCACCCAUUCAACCUGAUCCAUUAGCGCCCCAACAAAGUCCUGCACCCACUCAACCUGAUUCAUCAGAGCUCCUACAAAGUCCUGCACCCACUCAACCUGAUUCAUCAGAGCUCCAACAAAGUCCUGCACCCACUCAACCUGAUUCAUCAGAGCUUCAACAAGGUCCUGCACCCACUCAACCUGAUUCAACAGAGCUCCAACAAAGUCCUGCACCCAUCCAGCCUGAUUCAUCAGAGCUCCAACAAAGUCCUGCACCCAUCCAGCCUGAUUCAUCAGAGCUCCAACAAAGUCCUGCACCCACUCAACCUGAUACAUCAGAGCUCCAACAAAGUCCUUCACUCAUCCAGCCUGAUUCAUCAGAGCUCCAACAAAGUCCUGCACCCACUCAACCUGAUCCAUCAGAGCUCCAACAAAGUCCUGCACCCACUCAACCUGAUCCAUCAGAGCUCCAACAAAGUCCUGCACCCGCUCAAUCUGAUCCAUUGGUGCUCCAACAAAGUCCCGCACCCACUCAACCUGAUCCAUUGGAUCUCCAACAAGGUCCUGCACCCACUCAACCUGAUUCAUCAGAGCUCCAACAAAGUCUUGCUCCCACUCAACCCGCUCAAUCUGAUCCAUUGGAUCUCCAACAAGGUCCUGCACCCACUCAACCUGAUCCAUUGGAUCUCCAACAAAGUCCUGCACCCACUCAACCUGAUCCAUUGAAUCUACAACAAAGUCCUGAACCUUCACAUCCUGAUCUUGUGGCGUUCCAACAAAGUCCUGAACCUUUACACCCUACUCCAUGUGAGCUCCAACAAAGUCCUGAACCUUUACACCCUGAUCCCGUGGAGCUCCAACAAAGUCCUGAACCUUUACACUCUGAUCCCAUGGAGCUCCAAAGUCCUGAACCUUUACACCCUGAUCCCGUGGAGCUCCAACAAAGUCCUGAACCUUCACACCACGAUCCCGUGAAGCUCCAACAAAUUCCUGAACCUUUACACCACGAUCCCGUGGAGCUCAAACAAAGUCCUGAACCUUUACACUCUGAUCCCAUGGAGCUCCAAAGUCCUGAACCUUUACACCCUGAUCCCGUGGAGCUCCAACAAAGUCCUGAACCUUUACACCCUGAUCCUGUGGAGCUCCAACAAAGUCCUGAAGCUUUACACCCUGAUCCCAUGGAGCUCCAACAAAGUCCUGAACCUUUACACCCUGCUCCAUGUGACCUCCAAAAAAGUCCUGUAUCUGCUAAUCCUGAUCCACUGGAGCUCCAUGAAUGUCAUGAAUCUUCCCUCACUGAUCAAUAUCAGCCUCAACAAAGUCCCACACGUGUUUGCCUUGAUCCAGUGGAGCUUCAAGAAAGCAUAGAACCUGCUCACCUCGAUCCAUCAGAACUUCAAAAAUGUCCUGAUCCUAUUUGUUCUGAUCCAUUGGAGGUCCGACAAAUUCCUACACCUAGCCAUCCUGAUCAAUUGGCGCUCCAAGAAAGUCUCAAACCUACUCAACCUGCAAUUGGUCACCAAAAGAGUCCUUCACUUGUGCCGUCUCAUCUAUCAGAACUCCAAGAAAAUCCUAAAACUCCAUACCCUGAUUCCUCACAUUUCCAAGAAAUGGAGACACUGUCUUGUCCUGGUACACCAGACCUUGAAAAGAAGCCUUUGUCAUCUUGCCAAGAUGCUGCAGAACUUCCAUCAUCAUUCCAUGUUUAUCCAGCAGAGCUCCAUGGAAGUUCUGUAUCUUUGAGCCCUGAUCCUCCAGACAGACAUACCCCAUCUCCCAACAUUGCAGCAUUUCCCCAACAAAGCUCUGCACUGUCUUCUUCUGGUUCAUCAGAACUCGGCUGUACUGUCCAGUCUUUUACACAGGCCCAACGUAGUCCUUGUACUACCCAGAAUUCCACAGAGGAACCUCUCACAGCCACAGAGUCUCAACAGGGCAGUCUUCUUCCUUGUGGCCUUGCACAGAGUCCUGCUCAGGAUGCCUCCACACGGAGUGGUAGACCAUGUAGUCCUUCCAGCAUCAUUCUCAGUCCACCACAAAGGAGGCCAAGUUCUAUGCCACAUAGUCCUGCAGACAUUGGCACCUCAGUUCCACAAAGUCCCUCACAGGUUUCUGAAUUUACACUGGACCAGGAGAAAUCUGGAUCUAGCAGCUCUGCUCACCAGCAACAUGGGGAUGAACAGGACAUUUCUACACUGGACCAGGAUACCCCACCAGUCUACUGUAGGUUUACCCACAUAUCAAGACAACAUGCCUCAACUCCAUGUAUCCCGUCACCAUCUCCACCCAGACUCACACAGAGUAGUGUGUCAGAGCCUGGUAGUCAAGUCCGAGCUAAUUCUACACAGUCUGUCAGGCCUUUUAAGCGUGACCUGCUUUCUUCUCAUCUUAUAGCACAGUCAGGAUUCACUGAGGAGGGCACGGAAACCUUCAGCAAAGACCUGGAGUCUUCAGAGCAUAUCCCUGCUCAGCUGAGUCCAAACGCUGAUGGCCAAACACUGGAAAAAAGCCCCGUCUCUGAACUCUCUGCGGUGGCUCCUAAUGGCAAUAGCAUAGAUGGCCAGCUUCCAAAUAAGGUCAGUCCUGUUCAGAGUAGCUUGCUCAGCCCUGACCCUUCAACCCCACACCAUAUCCUUGCUAUCUCAGCACCAGAAAGCCUUGUUCACACUAGCACUUCAGCAGAACACAGUAGCCUACCUUUCUUACUUUGUGCGGAGGAAAUGGAGGUAACUCCUCACCCCUUUGGCCACAUCCAGCAAAGCCCUUCCCAUGAUAGUUUCAUAGGCUGCAUCGAAGGUAAAGCUAGCCACAUGCAUAACCCAGCUACUUUACCUAGUGUUAGCGCUAUACAUACCAGUGAAAUGCCUGCAAGCCCUGGCAGCUCUCCUCAGGCUGACACUAGCUCCAUGCCAAUUGAGACCAGCCCUGCUGGUAUUGGGCCUUUAGCCUCUGAGACUGACCUCUUAGCCAUUUUGGAUAGUUCCAUCCACCCUCUUAUGUGUCAGGAUAAGGACAUACAGGUGGCUGUCAAUCACUCACCUGUAAUUACUCAAUCAGAAGCUGAUUCCUGUGUUCUUAACUCUGACCCCAGUAGUCUAGUACAUGUUAAUGCUGUGGGCCGAGUGCACACUGAAGCUAAUAGUGUUUGCACUCUUGUGGAUACCACCAAUGCUCUGGAAAGAAUUUCUCCCCCUUUUAAUAGUUUUUCUGAACUCACAAAGAGCCAAAGUUCCACUCAUUCUGGUCUGUCAAGUCCCAAUCAGUCUGGUUUGUCAAGUCCCCCACGUCCUUGUUUGUCUAGUCCAGCACAUAUCCAAACUACCUGCAGUCCCUCAAAGGCAACUGCAGCUAGCGUUAGUCCUCCACACUGUACUACUACUAGCCCAGCUAGUAGCUCCAUUAGCCACAGCCUGGGCAACUUUCCUUUAGACUGCAGUGGCCACACAGAUCCCUACUCUGCUAGCAUUACUAAUGAUAGCGUCACUCGGAGUCCUGCUAGGUCUAGUCCUGCUGGUCAAGCUAGUCCUGUUCAUAUACUUAGCGCCUCUAGCAGUGUUCACUCAGGCAGACAGAGUAAUUUAUUGAUUAGCUUGACAAAGAGCAGCCCUGUUCACACUUCUAAUGUUUGUGGUAGCCUGCCCCACAGUCCAGCUCAGGCCACUGAAACCCCUGCAGGUAGCCCGCAUUAUAGCCCAGGUCACAUCACUGGAACCAGUUCUGACCUUACUUCGGCCAGUUCUAAAAGACAGAGCUCUGAUCCUCCUGGUGCAGUUAACCUUGAUCCAGAUCCUGAGUCCUCAGACAGUAUACUGCAGAAGGGACUACAGCCUGAUGGCUCACCAAAUGCUAGCUCUAACCAGGCUAGUCUGAGCCAGGUGAGCCAGCCUCCAGUCAGUCCUCACUCAGAUCCUGACAGGUCAGCUGUCUCGAUAAGCUCCUCUUAUCAAACACCAUCAUCCUUUUUUGAUGCUACUUCAUCCCAGUCUGCUGUGAGCCCUGGUUCCAGUCCAGUCCACUCUAGCCCAACUCAGGAUAACACUGCGAUGCCUAGCACUAGUCACACUAGUCUCUCACCCCCUGCCCCCCUCAGUCCAGCUCAGACAGCAGCUGUGAACAGUAGUCCAACUGAAAGUCCUAUGGAUUCAGUUUUUACUCAGAUCUCCCCACGUCCUGGUCCUAUUCAUUCUACGCUGCUACAAGUUAGCCAGAAUCAUGUUCCUGAAACAAGGUCUGAGAUGAGUCCUGGUCCCAGUCCAGUUUGCCCGUUUCUCACCACAACUGAGCUGUGUGAAGACAACUCUUAUCCUGGUCCUGUUGGGCCGGAGACUGAUCCUGAAAACCAAGACCAGUCUUUGUCCAGCAGCCAAACAUCGGCAGCCACUGAGCGUGACUUUCAGAGACAUUUACAGUUUAAAGAAGAAGCUGUGGCAGAAGAGAGUGAAGAGGAGGUAGAGCGUAAAACUCUACAGCAGGAGGAGCCAGUGGAGGAGGAGCCUCAUGUGACAAUUAAGGCCACGCCAGAAGAGGAGGAGCCUGAUGAGAGGAUAAAGGAAGGACCACAACAAGACCAGGAGCAGGAACCUCCUUCAGGAGUCGAGUGGUCUUCUCUCCUCACUGAGGUCCAUCUGUCUGCUCCUCUCUCCCCCCACCCGUCUGUGUCUCACCCCACCUUAUCCCCCUCCUCACCUCCUAUCGCCCCCCUCUCCUCCUCAUCACCUCCUCCUCCUGGUGCUGGCUCUGUGGAGGCUUCCGCUUCCUCUCCUGGAACUAUUGUACCCAUCUCCUGUUCUGCCCACUCUACUCCUCCCGCCUCCUCUCCUGUUGAUGACCGCCCCCUGGAAGCAGAGUCCACCUAUCACAGAGGACCUGGUCCUUGGACAGGUGAGGAGGUGGGGCUUGAGAACCCAGGAACUUCCAGCCAAUCACAGAGCCAGUUUGAAACCACCAAAGACGAGCACCUGUCGCUCCUUGAGUCCUCACAGAGGGAGGAGUCAGCUUCAGGUCAGGCCAACACCUCCAAGGUGGUUGCUGAGCAACAACCAAUGAGGGAGAGGCAGGAAGCAGUAGAGGAGGGAGCUAUGCAGGAGGACCAAUCAGAUAUGGAGGAGGAGGAGCCAAUGAGCCCUGUGCUGGACCUGGACUCGACCUUUGACAAGGAGGUGAUGGAGCUGAUUACCUCCACUUCUCCUCCCCCCUCCCUCUUCUCCUUCUCCCACAGGGGGAGGUGUCGUCCUCUCAGAACUCCUCCUCCCUGUUCCUCCAGACCUUCAGAUGAUCUCUCCAUCCGUCUAAGGCAGUCCCCCUUUUCCACCGAGGCCUCCCCCGAGACCUCCCCCACCAGAGUCCCCAUCACCCCGCCUCCACUGUCCCCGCCCUCACCUGCUCUCAGGUCUCCACCCUCUGCCAGAGAGUCUCCGCCUCUCACCAAGACUCCCUCCAUCACCCUGCUCCCCCUCACUCCUAAGAUUGGAAUGGGAAAACCAGCCAUCACUAAGAGGAAGUUCUCUCCAGGCAGAGCCAGGGUCAGACAGGGUUCGUGGUGGAGUAAUCGCAGGGCGGUGAGCCCCCCCUCAUCCUCCCAGGAUUCCAUGGGGGAAGGAGGGUGGGACAGCCCUAAGCCCGACACAUCAGACUCCCCCCUCUGGAGCAUGAAAGUGGGUCGUGGUUCAGGGUUUCCAGGCAGGAGAAGGUCCAGAGGAGGAGGUGUUGGAGGAGGCAGAGGAGGAGGCAGAGGCAGGAGCAGACUGAAGACUCAGGACUGUGUUUCUGUGUCACCUGGAUGUGUGUAUGUGGAGCAGUUCCAGCCAAAGGAGGAAGAGGAGAACUCGAUGCACAACACUGUGGUGAUGUUCUCCAUCUCUGACCACUUCACCCUCAGACAGGACAUGUGUGUGGUGUGUGGUAGUUUUGGACGAGGAUCAGAGGGCAGACUGUUGUCGUGCUCUCAGUGUGGACAGUGUUAUCAUCCUUACUGUGUCAACGUCAAGAUCACAAGGGUUGUGCUGACCAAAGGGUGGCGCUGUCUGGAGUGUACGGUGUGUGAGGCGUGUGGCGAGGCCAGCGACCCCGCCCGACUGUUGCUAUGUGACGACUGUGACAUCAGCUACCACACCUACUGUCUGGACCCGCCCCUUCACACUGUUCCUAAAGGAGCAUGGAAGUGCAAAUGGUGUGUGUGUUGUGUGCAGUGUGGCUCCACCUCCCCCGGGCUGAACUGUGAUUGGCUGACUAACUACAGUCGCUGUGGGCCGUGCAGUAGCCUAAGCCGUUGUCCACUGUGUCAGCGAGAGUACACACACAAUGACCUCAUCCUGCAGUGUCACCACUGUGACAGGUGGGUCCAUGCUGUGUGUCAGGGUCUGACCUCAGAGGAGGAGGUGGAGCUUACAGCUGAUGAAGGCUUUGAAUGUUCGCUGUGCAGAACACACAGCCACGCCCCCUACGUGAGGUCAGACAGUUUUGAUUCUCCCUUCACGGCUCAGAUCGUCUCUAGGAUGAGAGAACCAGAGUCAAAGACCUACACUCAGGACGGUGUGUGUCUCACAGAGUCGGGACUUUCUCACCUGCAGUCUCUGGUUGAACCUCUGACGUCACCGCGCAGGUAUCGCAGGUGUAAACCCAAACUGAAGCUGAGGAUCAUUAACCAGAACAGCGUGUCUGUCCUGCAGGCAACACUGGACCCAGACACGCCCACUGAGCCUGACCACAGUAAAGGUGAUUUAGAAAGUGAGAUGAAAUCUGACUCCAGCCCAGAGCGAGACCACGCCCCUGAUGAUGACGGUACCAAGGAAACUGAGCUCAACGACGGCGGUAAGAAGAGGAAGAGGAAGCCCUACAGACCAGGUAUUGGUGGCUUCAUGGUGCGUCAGCGCGGUGGUAAAGCGGGUCCAAGCAGAAUCAAACUGUGGAGAAAAGAUUCCACAGAGAUGGUGACGGCAGCUGAAGAAGCACGACUGAACACUGACGCUGUCAUGGAGACAGCACCCCCCUCUGACCACGUCAUGGACAAGGUGAAGAAGAGAUACAGGAAGAAGAAGACCAAGCUGGAGGAGGAGUUUCCUUCUUAUCUUCAGGAGGCGUUCUUUGGGCGGGAUCUCCUGGACCGCAGCAAACGGGUCGAGAAGAAGGUGGGGCCAGAGACAACAGGUUGUGGCCAAUCCGGAGCAUCAGUGGUUAACAUGAAAAGCCCCACCCCUGUUUUCCAUGGCACCGCCCCCUCAGUGCUGACAGUGGGUGCCAUGGUAACCAAUAGGAAAUGUGGAACACUGUCCAUGUCCGAGGACCUCCUGGACUUGUGUGACGUCCUCAGCACUGACCCUCACAUCCUAAACCCAGGACACACAGGUCACUUCCAGGUGGAACGCUCACCUUCUCCGUUUGCCGGCCUCGACAUCAGUUCCAUGUCACAUGACACUGAGUCGACUGGAGGUGGUGGCUGUGGGCGUGGCCAGAGGGCAGUACAGGAGGAGCCUCUGGACGCCAUUUUGAGUCCUGAGCUGGACAAGAUGGUGACUGACGGUGCUAUUCUCAGCAAACUCUACAAGAUUCCAGAGCUGGAGGGCAAGGACGUGGAGGAAGUGUUCACUGCUGUUCUGAGUCCAGACAACAACCAAUCAGAGCAGAGACGACACACACACACAGCUGCUGGGAGCAAGACACACACUCAGCACACAGGUGCUGUGUUUCCACGUCUGCCGCUGGUCAACGGCCUGAUGGGAAAUGUUUCUCACUUCAACAACGCUCCUGCUGGUGUCCCUGCUCCUCCUCCUCAUGGCCCCGCCCCUGCGCUCGCAACGGCCAAUCAGGCUGUGUCAGGAGAGAGCGAGCAGGACGUCAUGUCGACAGCUCAGAGAGGAAUGUUGAAGUGGGAGAAAGAGGAAGUGCUCGGAGAGAUGGCCGCUGUCGCUCCUGUGCUCUACUGCAAUACCAACUUCCCCCAGCUGAGGGAGCAGUACCCAGACUGGUCGACCAGAGUGAAGCAGAUUGCCAAGCUGUGGAGAAAAGCCAGUUCUGAGGACCGAGCGCCGUAUGUGCAAAAAGCUCGUGACAACCGAGCAGCUCAGCGUAUCAGCAAGGUGACGAUGUCCAACGAGCCUGUGAAACGACAGCCGUUACCACAGCAACCACCACCACAACAACAGCAACAACUGCAACCGCAGCAGCAGCAGCAACAGCAACAACAACAACAACAACAACAACAACAACAACAACAACAACAACAACAACAACAAUCACCACCACAGCCUCCACAGGUACAGCAACAGCUACUACUGCCUCCAGGACCAUAUGACCCCGUCUCCAUGGAGACAGACCUGGCUUUCAAAGACCCACUGAGGCCCAAAGAGUCAGAGCAGGAGCAGGAGUGGAAGUUCAGACAGCAAAUGCGUCAGAAGAGUAAGCAGCUGGCAAAGAUGGAGGCAACUCAGAAGUUGGAGCAGGUGAAGAAGGAGCAGCAGCGGUUGAUGAGUCAGCGUCAGGCAGGACAGAUGUCCCCAGAGACAGACAGCAACAGUCCUCUGAAUCCCGGGGACAGCACGUCCCCCAUCCACCCCCAAUCGUCCAGGGAGGGUCAGUUCAGGCUGAACCUCGAUGAUGUCUUCCUCAGACCACAAGCUCCUCCCCCGUCUGGUUUCUCCUCCCUCCCUCUCUCCCCUCAUCCCUCCUCCCCUCUCCACCAGCCCCCCUCCUCCCCACAGAUGUUUUCCCCACCCUCGUCCCGCCCCUCUUCACCCUGGGACCCUUACAAUAAGGUGGUAGGGACUUCUCGCCCCGCCUCCUCCUCUCAGACUGGAGGAUCCUCCGCCCCCCAGCAUCAGCGCCACAACUCCCUCAGUGCCUCGCCAGCCCACGAUGGUUCUCCUGCGCCGUCCCCUGACUCCAAAACUGUGGACCUCACCAGAACCCUCGGACCACAACCAGGGCUGCAGCAGAGUAGAACAGGUAUGAUGAGCCCUCCCUCUGGCUCCACCCCUGACCACACCCCACGCCACAUGGUGGUACGAGUAGCUGAAACCUACCCGCGGACUCCUCCUCACAGUGGUGUGGUCCGUGUGGCAGCGUCUGACCCCAGCGGUCGGGUACUGGAGCUGAUGCAGGGUGGUGUUUUUAAAGCCCCCAUGCCCCCCCAACAGGAAAUGUUUGGAAGUGCAGGAGGAGGAGGAAGGAGAGAUCCAUCCAGACCCACAGACCUAGGAUUUGUCCACCCACAGUCCCAGGAGCCCUCCUUCCCCUCCAGUCCACUGUCUAGUCUGGGUUCCCCCCACUGUAGCCCAUAUGCCCAGACGCCUGGCACGCCAAGACCGGACUACACCCAGCAGGUCACUGACCACUUCAGCCAGCAGUCACCUUUGACCUCCCGGCCAUCUCCUGAGCCAUACUCCAACCCACAGACUCCUGGAACACCACGCCCACACUGUGACCCCACCUACCUCACCACACCCCCUACACUGCGCCCAGAUCAGUACAACCAGCAGCCUACCACCCACCGGCCCUCCCCCUCACACCCAACCUUCGACCCUUACUCCUCCAACCCGGGCACGCCCCGCCCCUCCAUCACUGAACGCUUCCCUCGAUCACCAGGGAGUCAGCGGAGCAGCGAACCCUAUAGCCAGCAGCCGUCCACACCCCGUCCUCAGAAGAACCUGGACUCCUUCAUUCAGAACCCAGGAGAGAACUUCACUCCUGGGUCAUCUCCUCUGGCUCCAGGAGAUCCAGCAGCCUUUACCCCAACAGCCCACCAGUUGCAACAGUCUCCAGGACGACCUCCAUCACAGCAGCAGCAGGACUCAUUUCCCAGAACCCCUAGCAGUCAGACCCCAAAGCAUCCUGGGAUUUCAGAGGAGGGGAGCUUCACUCCAAGUCACGACCCCUUUGAGCAGAGUCACAUGACAGCCGGUCCCUCACAGACGGAUAAGACAGCAGCCAAUGAAAUGUCAGUGCUGGGAGUAGCCUCAUUAGAUGGACCAAUUAGCAUCCUUCCUCAACCUGGUGACUCAGAGGAGAAGCUGAGACAGCGUCAGCGGCUGCGGCAGCUCCUCCUGAGACAGCAGCAGCAGAAGAUUGCCCUUCGGCAGGAGAAAGGUCUUCAGGAACCAGUGUCUGGAUCGACAGGUCCCCCUGCAGCUCCACCUGGUCCUGGGACACCUCGUCACUGGUCCCAGGAAGACUCCUCCACCUCUUCCACUCCUCCUGCAGACCUGUUUGGACGUCCACCACCUCCGUACCCUGGCACAGUGAGGCCUUCUGGACCACUGGCACCUUCAGCCGUAAGGUUCUCUGAAGCUUUCUCAGGAGAACACCAGAGGGCCUUCAACUCCACUGAUGCUCCGUUCCCCAGACAGAGCGUCCCCAGAGAACCGGUCCUAAGGUUUGUUCCUCCAGGAGCUCCAACAGGUCUCCAGGACUCUUUCCUACGUGCUCACCAGGGCUCUGUUCCUGGACCUGGGCUCUCUACAGUGGAGGGCGUCCAGGUCCAGAUGAGGAGGCCGAUGCCUGGAGAGUUCACUAAUGUCCGACCGCUCGCCAAUACUGCCCCACACAUGAUGCCAGGCGUCCCCCAGCCCUUCCUCCCCCGCUCCCUCCCCCUCCAGCAGCACAGCAUCAUGGGACAACCCUACAUUGAGCUGCGACACCGCGCCCCUGAGGCCCGUCUGCGACUGCCUGUCCCUCUGACAGGGUCCUUUACUGCUGUGGACCCUGCGGCCCAGUCAUCUGUGGUCAGGUCUGGUCAGGGUGCCAGGAUGGGUGAGUCUACUUUGGGUCAGCAGGUGGUGUUGAUGACGGGUGGUGUGGAGCAGCUGAAUCAGCAGCACCUGGGUCACUCGGUGGCUCUGACGCAGGGGGCUGAUGGGAUAGAGGAGCACCUGGAGGGCGAGGACUCUGUGGUGAAGGAUCUGGAGGAUGUGGAGGUGAAAGAUCUGGUCGACCUGAACCUGAACCUGGACCCUGAAGAUGGUAAGGAGGAUUUGGAUCUGGGUCCUAAUGACCUGCACCUCGAUGACUUCCUUCUGUCUGGAAAGUUUGACCUGAUCGCCUACACCGAUCCUGAGCUCAACCUGGAGGACAAGAAGGACAUGUUCAACGAGGAGCUGGACCUGGGGGAGCCAGUGGAAGAGAAGGAUGGAGCUGGGACUGGCAGAAAGACGGACGGCGUCUCCCAGCCGACCAAUCAGGUGAAACAGGAAGUGAAGACUGAUGAAGCAAUGUCACAACUUGGAGUUAUCACUGCCAGCAGAACUUCUGGACCCACUGCACCUCCUGGAACGUCUAAGGCAGCAGGCUCUUCUGUCUUCCUGUCCACGGAGAAGGUGGAGCACGUGGGCGCCGUGACGACAGUCCAGGCCCAAGACCAGACUCCGAUGUCGAGCAUGACUCCCAGGAUUGUUCCCCCUGCAGCUCCAGGUCAACAGUCUGUCUUCCAGCAGCAGCAGACACCAUUUGGACCCUCCUCUCUCCUCACCCCUCACCCUCAGACUCCUCCCGCUGUGUCUCUCCAAUCCCACCUCCUCAACCCUCAGGCCCAACCUCCACACCUGGGAACAUCCACCCAGACCCAGGGUCAGACGGACUUCCCGGAGAACCAGAGAAAGGGCAGGCCGGUACUCCUGGAGGAGCAGCCCCUUCUCCUGCAGGACCUCCUGGACCAGGAGCGUCAGGAGCAGCAGCAACAGAAACAGAUGCAGGCACUGAUCCAACAGAGGUCCACCACUGAGCCUCUGUUUCCCAACAUGGAGGACUUUGACCCCAUCAUGAACGCUAAGAUGGUCGCCCUCAAAGGCAUCAACAAAGUCAUGACUCAGGGAAACCUGACCCUGAACCCCAUGGCCAUCAACAGAUUCCAACAGGCUCCGCCUCCAGUGACCCCAGGUCCAGAGGUUCCGCAGCAUGUGGCAGGACAGGAUGGGAAGUUGAACCCUCAGCUGGUGAGACCGAACCCCCCCAGCUUCGGCUCAGCCUUCGUCAAUGAGUCUCAGCGGCAUCAGUAUGAAGAGUGGCUGGGUGAGACACAGCGCCUCCUGCAGAUGCAGCAGCGCCUCCUGGACGACCAAAUCACUGCUCACCGCAAAACCAAGAAAGCUCUGUCUGCCAAGCAGAGGACGGCCAAGAAGGCGGGGCGAGCGUUUGCCGAGGAGGACGUCGCCCAGCUGCACUACGUCUCUGAGCAGCAGGGGGCGCUUCAGAAACAGCUGGAGCAGAUCAGAAAGCAGCAGAAAGAUCAUGCUGAGCUCAUUGAAGACUACAGGACCAAACAGCAGCAGCAGAGGGCGCUGCAGCCGCCUGCCACCCUGCCUAUAAUGACUGCAGGAGCCCCGCCCCUUCCUCAGACUCUACCCUCCCAGCCCGUGGUGCCCAUGAAGCCCCGCUUAGGUGGUCCAGCUCCGCCCCCGUGUGUCUCUAACGUCUCUGGUUGGACACCAGGAGAUGCAGUUCCAGCAUCAAUGAUGCCAAGGAUACUGCCUCAUCCUCAGCCCACCCAGGCUCCGCCCCUCACCCAGGCCUCACCAAUCAACAAGGCACCCCCUGGUGUGGUUCCCGCACCGACAGUCGCCCUCGACAAAGGCCGAGCUGGUGCAGAAGGAGGCGGAGCUAAAGGGGACAGAGUUGUUGCUGCUGCCACACCACAGGUGAAGUUUGACGACAACAACCCAUUCAGUGAAGGAUUUCAGGAGCGAGAGCGACGCGAGCGUCUGAGGGAGCAGCAGGAGAGACAGAGGGUCCAGCUGAUGCAAGAGGUGGAGCGUCAGCGGGUGCUGCAGCAGAGACGGGAUCUGGAGCAGCAAGGCCUUGCGGGAGCUUCCUUGAUUCCAGGAGGCGGAGUCUCAGUUGGACCUGGAGCUCCUGCAGGAACAGCCACAGCGCCCCCCCAUGGCAGGGACAGUCUCUCUCAGCAGCCUUUCUUCAGCUCUGAGUUGCCACAGGACUUCCUCCAGUCCCCUCCAGCCUCCAGACCUCCUGCACAGCUGCACCAGGGCCAGGUGGGGGCACUGUUUCCCCUGCACCAGGGCUUCACAGGAUCUCCACACCCCAGCGCUCCACCGGCUCUCAGACCCCCCGUGGCCGUGGGUCCGGCCCUGGCUCUAGUCCAGACUAGACAAAGACUCCCAGGCUCCACUGGAGUCUCAGUCCAGGUACAGGUGCGUCCUGCUGGGGGCGGUGCUUUAAGAGUAAACACUUCCCAUCCUGCUUUUCAAGGUCAUCGUUUUAUACUCGGUGACCCCUCCACUCCCUCUGGAGGCCCCACCCCCCUCCUCCCACUCUACUGUGACAUCAUACCUGAUGACAAAUCAAAGAAGAACAGGAAGAAAGACGGAGAUGAUGGAGGAGCCAGGACACCCCUGUCUUCCCAUUCUGAUGACAACACAGCCCCGCCCACUCCUGCUCGCUCUGACACCUCUUGCUCUACGCCCACUCGUGGGGGCGUGGAACAAUCAGACGCGUCGCUCUCUGGUCUGUCCUCGUCGUUUCAGCAGCGCCCCUUGUCUGCUCUGCACGUCAAGGUGGAGCGCGAGGAGGGCGGAGCCUGUGUGGUGAAGAUAGAGGAGACUGAGGGAUUCUCUUCCCCUCUUCAUGGGGGAGGAAAAGCGGGAGAGCCAGGGAAGGAGCUACUCAGACACCUGCUGAAGGACAAGACCACGCCCCCAACCCCGCCAUCACUCAUGGGCCAGGCCCCGUCCCUGCUGUCCAGUGAGGAGGAGGAGAGACCUGGUUCCCACUGCAACGUGAUGGACAGUCCAGACCUGGACCUGUCAGGCAGGAAGAAGACGCAGCGCUUUAAGAGACAGGCUCAAGAGAAGGACAAAGCUCCACCCAAAUUCAAGAGGAGGAAGAGGGAGGAGGAGGAGGAGGAUACGCUGCUGCACUCGUCCUCUGACUCCCUGACUCACCUGAGACAGGUGCUCCCUCUCAUGGAGCCUGUCCUGCGUGUUGACCUCAGUCUGUUUCCUCCGUACGGCAGCAGCUCGUCUCUGGACUUAGACUCUAGACUCAACGGCUCCUUCGGUAACGCCAACCUGGGCGGAGUCACUGACUACUACUCCCAGCUCAUCUACAAGAAUAACCUCAGUAACCCGCCCACUCCUCCGGCCUCGUUGCCGCCCACUCCUCCUCCUGUGGUCAGGCAGAAGCUUGUGAACGGCUUUGCUACGACAGAGGAGGUGACGAGGAAGGAGAUCACAGAGCAGGAGGUGAAAAGCUCCUCUGGUCUGAAGCAGAAGGAGGAGCUUCUGUCUCUAAACCACACCCCCAAGGCUGUGGACGUCCCCGCCUCUCUGCCUACUCCACCCCACAACAACCAGGAAGAGCUCAGAGAGCGGGACAGUCCCUGUGUCCCCUCGUCCUCUCCAGAGAGCGUGGUGGACAUGGAGGUCAGCAGAUAUCCUGACCUGUCCUUCAUCAAACUGGAGCCGCCCUCUCCCUGCCCGUCACCUCCAAUACCCAUCAUGCCCUGCACCCGUGGAAAAGGCUCAGUAGUCAAACAGGAAGUGAAGGCGGAGCUUAAUCUCCAGGGUCGUCCCUCCUGCUCGAACACAGAUCUGGUCACCAUAGCGAUAACUCUGAACCCUGUCGCAGCUCAGAACGUGGCAGGUGUGAUGGCAGUGGUGGCGAAGCUGCUGCAGGUUCCUGUCCCCGUCAACUACCAGCUGUGCCGAGCCGCGCCCCCUCAGGGGUUAGCAGGCAGCAGACAGCAGAGAGCUCCCCCUGCUGGACAUACUGGUGUCAGGAUGGAGCAACAUGUCCGUCCACAGAACUGCAGCUGCUGUAAGGUGCUGCUGGGAAACCGAGUCCACAUCAUCAAACAGGAGUCUCAGUCAGGACCAGGACCUGGACCCAGUCUGGUCUUCUGCAGUCCUAACUGCUCGUCUCUGUUCAUGUCAGAGUUACAGAGUCGAGGAAACAGGUCUGCCGUCCCUGCGUCCGUCUCAGAGCGUGCGUGUCCAGACCGAGCGCCACAUCAGUACAACAACAACACGUCCACCAUCGCCGUUCACGCCCUGCCCCGCCCUCCCCUCUCUCCGCCCCCCGCCUCCUCCCCCACGCUGUCCUUCCCCCCCGCCUCCGCUAUCACCAUGGAGACCAGGCCCUGCAUGGACAGUCUGAAGGUGAAGGUGAAGCUGAAGCCACGCCCCCGCGCGGUCCUGGGUGGAGAGGACUUUUUUCGACAGGGGAAAAGGACGAAGACGUCGCGCUGGAGACGCUGGAGCUUUAGUGUCACGCUCAGCCGGGGUUCUGGCCUUCCCAACGAGACUGUCGCCAUGCCAACAGAAGAGGAGGUGGACAUGCUGCUGAAGAAGUUGGGGGCUUGUCUUCUUCCCGACCCGCUGCCCAAAGACCAGCGGAGGUGCUGCUUCUGUCGUCAGCUGGGGGACGGACAAACGGAUGGACCGGCCCGCCUGCUGAACCUGGACCUGGACCUCUGGGUCCACCUGAACUGCGCCCUCUGGUCCAGUGAGGUGUACGAGACCCAGGCCGGCGCUCUGAUCAACGUGGAGCUGGCGUUACGACGAGGACUCGCUCUGCGCUGUGCCUUCUGUCAACAACCAGGAGCAACGAGCGGCUGCAACCGUCUGCGCUGCACCAACACGUACCACUUCACCUGUGCUCUACACACACACUGCACCUUCUUCAAGGAUAAGACGAUGCUGUGUCCGCUCCAUAAGCCCAGGAUGGUUCCUCUCAGUGGGGACAGAUCCUCCAGCACCUCCCCCUCCUCCACUCCGGGGCCGACGGCCACCUCGGCGUCCACGCUGCUCUCUGACCCCUACGACUCAGAGCUGAGCUGCUUCGCCGUGUUCCGCCGCGUGUUCGUGCAGCGGGACGAGGCGCGGCAGAUCGCCGCCGUGGUUCAGCGGGGCGAGCGUCAGCACACCUUCAGAGUGGGCAGCCUGCUGUUCUGUGCUGUCGGUAGGCUUCUCCCACAGCAGAUGAAAGCCUUCCACAACCAGAACGCCAUCUUCCCUGUGGGUUACCAGGCCAACCGCAUCUACUGGAGCAUGCGCCAUAGCAACAGACGCUGCAGGUACAUGUGCUCCAUCGAGGACCACGACGGACAGCCACUCUUCAAGGUCAAAGUGGUGGAGAAAGGUCACGUUGAUGUCAUCCUCACCGGAGCUUCUCCUAAAGCGGUCUGGGACCAGGUCCUGGAGCCGAUCUCUCUCCUCAGGUCUUCCUCUGAGAUGCUGAAGCUGUUUCCUGUUUACCUGAAAGGUGAAGAUCUGUUUGGUUUGACCACGUCAGCGGUGACCAGGAUCAUCGAGUCUUUACCAGGUGUGGAGGCGUGUGAUGGUUACACCUUCCGUUACGGCAGGAACCCUCUCAUGGAGUGGCCUCUGGCUUUUAACCCCUCAGGCUCUGCCCGCUCUGAGCCCAAAGCUUUUCAAGCUAAAAGGCCGUACCUGUUGACCAGUAUAGCGUCCCGGUGUCAGGGUUCCGUGGGUUCUAUCGUGGGUCUGGUCCCUGGUGUCCUCUCUCUCUCUCCGGGCGAGUCAGUGGCGAGUCAUCAAGGUCGUCACUCAAAGUCGUCGCAGUAUCGACGAAUGAAAGCAGAGUGGAAGACGAACGUUUACCUGGCACGCUCUGGAAUACAGGGUCUGGGUCUUUACGCUGCCAGAGACAUCGAGAAAUGCACCAUGGUCAUCGAGUACAUCGGCACCAUCAUCAGGAGUGAAGUGGCCAAUCGUAAAGAGAGACUGUACGAGGCACAGAACCGUGGUGUGUACAUGUUCAGGAUCGAUAAUGACUUUGUGAUUGACGCCACCAUCACUGGAGGGCCUGCCAGGUACAUCAACCACUCAUGUGCUCCAAACUGCAUCACAGAGGUGGUGACAGUAGAGAAGGAGAACAAGAUCGUCAUCAGCUCCUGUCGACGCAUCCAGAGAGGAGAGGAGCUCUGUUAUGACUAUAAGUUUGACUUUGAGGACGAUCAAGAUAAGAUCCCAUGUCACUGUGGAGCCGUUAACUGCCGCAAAUGGAUGAACUGAACACACACACACACAUACACACACUGGCAGCUCUUUCUCAUCUCGGUGCUGAAACUGGACGUCGAUUGCCCCGCCCUUGUGGGGGUGGAGCUUAACUUCAUAUCACGUGAAUUAAACUAUAAUAAUGAGACUGAUCAGAUUAGAGAGGGGGCAUGGCUGUAUAUUAGGGGACGGGGCUAACAAAGAGGCUGGUCCUCUGUGUGUUUGUAUAUUGUCAGAGAAUUUUGUCAUCAAACGAACGUUUGUUCAUAAAGUUGCACUAAAAAAAAUCAACAAAAACCGUUUCCAGAGAAACAUACUUGAUUCCACAAGACUCCGCCCCCUUCCUCCUCCUCCUUUGUUUCCUGUAAAAUAAGAUUGUUUUUGUAUUUAUUUCUGAAUGAAGCUAUUUUAUAAUCCGCGGUGCAUUCAAGGUCCAGAGUCUGUGCGUGUAAAUAUCUGUACCAUACGUUUAAAGUAUAGAGAUGAUUUGACUCCUGAACCUCGUCAUCCUCACCUUCAUCACCUGCUCAGCUGCUUCCUGUGGGCAGCGGCUUCAGCAGCUUUGUUUGUUUGUGUACAGACAUCAUGUUUUCUUUUUUUAGUAUCAGAUGUAAACAAAGAUGAUUUUUUUUUUGCUGAUUUAGAAUUCAUUUACAGAAAAUAAAAUAUUUUACAUCAUGAA